AUGGGAGGAGGAUUUCGAGUAUUGCAUUUGGUGAGGCCAUUCCUGGCGUUUCUCCCAGAAGUGCAGAGCGCAGAUAGGAAGAUUCCGUUCAGAGAGAAAGUGAUAUACACAGUGAUCUCUCUCUUCAUCUUCCUCGUCUGCAGUCAGCUUCCUCUCUAUGGAAUCCACUCCACCACCGGCGCGGAUCCCUUCUACUGGAUGCGUGUCAUCCUCGCAUCUAACCGCGGGACCGUGAUGGAGCUCGGUAUCACUCCCAUCGUCACCUCCGGACUCGUCAUGCAGCUCUUAGCAGGGUCGAAGAUCAUCGAGGUCGACAACAAUGUCCGCGAGGACCGUGCUCUCCUGAAUGGUGCUCAGAAGCUUCUUGGGAUUCUGAUUGCAAUCGGUGAAGCUGUUGCGUAUGUUCUCUCUGGAAUGUACGGUCCCGUUGGUCAGCUCGGUGUUGGAAACGCCAUUCUCAUCAUCCUCCAGCUUUUCUUCGCCGGAAUCAUCGUUAUCUGCCUUGACGAGCUUCUUCAAAAGGGAUACGGUCUUGGCUCCGGGAUCUCACUCUUCAUAGCAACCAAUAUCUGUGAAAGCAUUAUCUGGAAAGCAUUUAGCCCCACAACAAUCAACACAGGCCGUGGAGCCGAGUUCGAAGGCGCUGUGAUCGCCUUGUUCCACAUGCUGAUAACUAAAUCCAAUAAAGUUGCUGCGCUUAGGCAAGCUUUUUAUAGGCAGAAUCUUCCGAAUGUUACCAACUUGCUAGCAACAGUCUUGAUCUUCUUGAUCGUCAUCUACUUCCAAGGCUUCCGCGUUGUGUUGCCGGUGAGGUCGAAGAGCGCACGUGGCCAACAGGGGUCUUACCCGAUCAAGCUGUUCUACACCUCCAACAUGCCAAUCAUUCUCCAAUCUGCUCUCGUCUCAAACCUCUACUUCAUCUCUCAGCUUCUCUACAGGAAAUUCAGUGGAAACUUCUUUGUAAACCUAUUGGGACAGUGGAAAGAAUCAGAGUACAGUGGACAGUCUAUUCCAGUUAGUGGACUCGCUUACUUGAUCACAGCUCCAGCAAGCUUCGCCGAAAUGGCAGCUCAUCCGUUCCAUGCUCUGUUCUACAUCGUCUUCAUGCUCACCGCUUGUGCACUCUUCUCGAAGACUUGGAUUGAAGUCUCGGGGUCUUCUGCUAGAGAUGUAGCUAAGCAGCUCAAGGAGCAACAGAUGGUGAUGCCUGGACACAGAGAGUCGAACUUGCAGAAGGAGCUGAAUCGGUAUAUCCCGACGGCGGCUGCUUUCGGAGGAGUGUGCAUUGGUGCGCUCACAGUUUUGGCUGAUUUCAUGGGAGCCAUCGGGUCAGGAACUGGGAUCUUACUUGCGGUGACGAUCAUAUAUCAGUAUUUUGAAACCUUUGAGAAGGAAAAGGCAAGCGAGCUUGGCUUCUUUGGCUUCUGA